AUGGCCGGCGAGAACGAACCCGCGAAGCUGCUCUUGCCGUACCUUCAACGGGCGGAUGAGUUGCAGAAGCACGAACCUCUCGUCGCAUACUACUGUCGAUUAUAUGCCAUGGAGAAAGGUUUGAAGAUUCCGCAAAGUGCCCGUACCAAAACCACCAAUGCUCUCCUCGUCUCCCUCAUGAAUCAACUCGAGAAGGAUAAGAAGUCAGUCCAGUUGGGGCCUGAUGAUCAUUUACACCUUGAAGGAUUUGCCUUGAACGUCUUUGCUAAGGCUGAUAAGCAGGAUCGUGCAGGACGAGCGGAUUUGAACACUGCAAAAACCUUCUAUGCUGCUAGCAUUUUCUUUGAAAUAAUGAAUCAAUUUGGUGAAAUUCCGCCUGAUCUUGAGCAGAAACAGAAAUAUGCUGUCUGGAAAGCAGCAGACAUUCGAAAAGCUCUGAAAGAAGGGAGGAAACCUGUACCGGGCCCUCCAGGCGGUGAGCAGGACUUAACAGUGCCAUCAGAUGGUGAUUACGAUAUUGAACCAAGAACUAACCAGGCAUUUGAAAACCUGCAACAGAGAAAAACUGAUGCGUCUUUCCAGGACAUUGAACCUAGAAGAACUGAUCCUAACAUUGGAAAUGUGACGCAGAAUGAUUAUCCUGCUCCACCCAGGAUCGAUCCCGUUAUCAGACCCACUUUUGGACCUGAUUCAUCAUCUCAACCGUAUGACAAAGUGAAUUACCAGCAGUCACCUACUUUUCCUCCCUCGCCUCCGGCGUCCCACUCUCCAAAUAUGCCACCGUCCCACUCUCCAAAUAUGCCACCAUCCCACGAUUAUCCUUCUCAAACAUAUCAGCCUCCUUCAACCAAUGGAUCCGAAAAUUAUCCGCAACCUUAUCACCAUCAAACUUACCCCAAUGAAGCCCCGCAGCACUUGUCACACCACUAUUCUCAUGAUGCUCCCUCUUACUCGUAUCCCAAUUUUCAAUCUUACCCUAGUUUUGCGGAGAGUAGCCUUCCCACUGCUCCAUCUCAUUAUCCAUCUUACUAUCAGGGUGCUGAUACUUCAUAUUCUACCCAAUCAGCUCCCAGCACUGCAAAUUAUUCAUCCAACUCUCAACCUAAUUUAAGUGGCCAAAAUGGGGGUGUUUCAGAAGCCGCUGCAGCUCCUGCCAAGACAUACAAGUAUGACAGCAAUUACCAGCCCCCUCCUGAAAAGAUUGCAGAGGCACACAAGGCUGCAAGGUUUGCAGUAGGGGCAUUAGCAUUCGAUGAUGUUGCUGUUGCAGUGGAUCACCUUAUAAAAUCUCUUGAGUUAUUGACAAAUCCAUCAUCUGGGCAUUGA